AUGAGAACAGAGAAGCUUAACUAUUCUGAGCUCAAAAUAAAGGAAAUUUUACUAUAGAACAAUAUCUCUCAAUAUGUAGGAGAUGAUAAGGAAAUAAGGAUAAUUUCCUUAGGAGUGUUUUCUCUUGAUAUUCUCUUAAAUUUCAACACAGGUGUUUACUUGGAUGUUUUAUUUGUAUUAAAGGGAAGUAAUCAUAAAAGAUUACUUAUCAUUUUGGUUUGGAUCGAUUUACUACUAUAAAGUUUGAAAUUACACAGAUUACUUAAAUUUUUAAAAAUUUAUUCAAAAUAUAAAACCGCUAAGAUUGGCUAGAUUAAUAAAAAUUUUUGA